GGCGAGCCACGCAAGCCUCGCAUCCUGCUGGCGGCGCCAACGCUCGCUGAUGCCCAGGCGUGGAUGGAGAAGAUCAAGGAUUUGUUGAACAGCAGCAAGCUACGCGGCACUGAGACAUUGCUCAAAGACUCCUACUCGGUGACCGUUGUCACGACCGAGUUGUCUCGCAAGUGUGGGAUGACCGCUGACAGCCUGCUGAGACUGUCGUCUAGCGGCCUCCUAGUAUCCUGCACCCAGAAGCUUGGCUCGGUUAUAGAGUGGAAACACAUAAGUGAUGCGCAGCUGGUCACUGAGGCUGCCGAUAAGAGCCAAGCGUGCAUUGUCACGGUGGAUAGUGAAUACCAAAGCGGCGGCGGCCAGCUUAAGUUCGCGAGCCCUCUGGCGACGGAGCUGGCUUCAGCGUUAACGCGGGCGCUGCGGGAACACCGGGCGAAAGCCGCCAAGCUCAGCCGCAGCGAGGGUGAUCUGCGGUCUUCGAUGAGCAGCGACUCUGACACAGGUGAAAUUCGCCGGAGUAGCUGGUACAGCGGUCCAUCUGAAGUUUCCUUGGAUGACAUCGAUCUUAUAAUGUCAAAGGAGGCGGCGCGAAUCCCGCGCGGUCAGCUGGCGCGCUGCGCCGGCGCUCCACAUCUUGCGCCUACACGCGACGACAGCAUGUGCGACCGCCGCUCGCUGGUAUCGAUAGCGUCGGGCAUCUACGAGGAGAUCCCCGAUCUUCCCACUGAGACCGGCGAGUCCACAGAAAUGACCAGAGAGUCCACAGAAGUGACCAGAGAGCCUACCGAAGUGACCACUGAGGCUAAUGAAGUGACCAGCUCGCCUGAAGCUUCGGACGUGUAUUGCGCGAUGGGUCGCGACGUGGUGGACGCGCCUCGCCGCAUGCUCAGCGCCGCAACUAUUGCAGCUGUGGUGGCGGAGGAGCCGACGUAUGAAUCCGUGGUGGAAUGCGUGUACGCAACCAUGCGCCGCCCGCGCCGCCCGCCGCCGCCGCUGCCGCCGCGCGCGCCGCUCGGAAGUCUACAGAGGGCCAAGAAGUGA